CUGUACGCACAUUUCAAUACUCGAUGUUGAACUGUUCUUCAGGUAACAUAAAAAACUAUUGAAUGUCACUAAUAAUUGAUGUAAUACAAAUUAGUAAAUAAAAUUGCAUUAUCGUACAACUAUUAAAAUGUAUUUAUUCAUAAACCGAUAUAUGUGGUAUAAUUCACCCGAAUUUGUUAAUUACAGUCGCCAUAUUGAUAUUCAGUAGACGCGGUCUUCUUUAAAUUUAUAUAACUAUUCGGAAAAAUGUUUUUCUUUUUAUUUAUAAUAAUUCUAUUCAUUUUACUCAAUUUUGAAAAAUUUGUAUUUAUUAUUACUUUAAAAUAAAAUAUACAAAAGUACUAUAGCAAUAAAUAAGAAUAACAUAAGAAUUAGACAAAGUUCAGUGAAAAAGACAGUUUAUACGUUAUUUUUAUAGUUGGAUAUGUUUUUAUCUUUGUACAGAUAUGAAUGUAAAAUUACCAAUGCACGAGGCACUCAAACCAAUAACUUGGCUAUAUGGUACGUGGAGAACUAUAAAGCCUGGUUCUGGUAAAUUUCCAACAAUUAAGUCUUUUAAAUAUUGUGAGGAAAUGAGUUUCAAAUCAAUAGGUCAACCAAUGUUAAAUUAUACUGCAAGAAGUUGGUAUGCAGAUAGCAAGCAACCAAUACAUUAUGAAAUGGGAUUUUUGAGAAUAAUACCUGAUACAAAUAAAGUGUCUUUAUUAUUGUCACAUAAUCGUGGCAUUAUAACUAUUGAAGAAGGUGUAGUUGAAGAUGAAGUUAUUAAAUUGAAGACCACUAGCAUACAGAUACCAACAAAAGGAGCAAGGGAGCCUAAAGUCACCAAGCUACAAAGAGAAUUUAGACUUAUUGGAAGCUGUUUACAGCAUACAUUAUGCAUGGCAACUGAAGCUACACCAGAACUACAAGAACAUUUACUUGCAACUUAUGUUAAGGACUGUGAUAAUGUGACAUAAAAUAUAAAUUAUAUAUAAAUAUAAUUUGAAAAAGAUUUUAAAUCCUUAUAAAUUUAAGAUGUUUAACCAAUUUCGCUAACAACUAAUAUUUGUUGACAAUUAUUUUAAUUACUUUACAAAGAAAAAUAAAUA